CACGCCCAUUCUCCGUUCAGCCUUUGCCCGGUUCCGCCAUCAGCGGGGGCGGGAUGAACCGGAGACCGCGGCCUAUGCCGAGCAGAUUUAUGGUCUGCAUUAUGUCUGGAUUCCGUACCACGCCUGCUGUAUUCCUCCUCGGCUGCUGUGCGCUUGCGCUGGGCCUCGGCUCAGGCUCCCUGGAGCACCGUGAGGCCAAGCACUACAUUGCUGCAGUGUAUGAGCACCGGUCGGUCCUGAGCCCAAACCCUCUGGAGCUCACCAGCCGCCAACAGGCCCUGGAGCUCAUGAACCAGAACCUCGACAUCUAUGAACAACAAGUGAUGGCUGCAGCCCAGAAGGGUGUGCAGAUUAUAGUGUUCCCAGAAGAUGGCAUCCAUGGGUUCAACUUCACAAGAACAUCCAUCUACCCAUUCUUGGACUUCAUGCCAUCUCCCAGGCUGGUCAGGUGGAACCCCUGUCUGGAGCCCUUUCGGUUCAAUGACACGGAGGUCCUCCAGCGCCUGAGUUGUAUGGCCAUCAAGGGACAGAUGUUCUUGGUGGCCAAUCUUGGAACAAAACAGCCUUGCCUUCGCAGUGACCCCAGGUGCCCAGAUGACGGGAGGUACCAGUUUAAUACAGAUGUGGUGUUCAGCCACAAUGGAACCCUUGUUGCCCGCUACCGUAAGCACAACCUGUACUUUGAGGCGGCCUUUGAUACCCCUGCUCACGUGGACCUCGUCACCUUUGAUACCCCCUUUGCGGGCCAGUUUGGCAUGUUCACUUGCUUUGACAUCCUGUUCUUUGAGCCCGCCAUCCAACUCCUCAGAGACUCGGAGGUGAAGCACAUUGUGUACCCCACGGCCUGGAUGAACCAGCUGCCGCUCUUGGCAGCCAUUGAAAUCCAGAAAGCAUUUGCCACUGCCUUUGGUGUCAGUGUUCUGGCAGCUAACAUCCACCAUCCAACUCUGGGGAUGACUGGCAGUGGCAUCCACACCCCUCUGAAGUCCUUUUGGUACCAUGACAUGGACAACCCCGAAGGCCACCUUAUAAUUGCCCAAGUAGCCACAAACCCCCUGGGACUUGUUGGGAUAGAGAAUGCAACUAGUGAAACGGACCCAUCCCAUAGUAAGUUCUUAAAAAUGCUGGCUGGUGACCUGUCCUGUGAGAAGGACGCCCAGGAAGUGCACUGUGAGGAGGCUGCCAAGUGGAACAUGAACACACCACCUACUUUCCACUCAGAGAUGAUGUACGACAACUUCACCCUGGUGCCUGUCUGGGGAAAGGAAGGCUAUGUCCAGGUCUGCUCCAACAGUCUCUGUUGUCACUUACUCUACGAGAGGCCCACCGUGUCCGAAGAGCUGUACGCCCUGGGUGUCUUUGAUGGGCUCCACACGGUACACGGCACUUACUACAUUCAAGUCUGUGCCCUGGUCAAGUGUGGGGGCCUCGGCUUUGACACUUGUGGGCAGGAGAUCUCAGAGGCACAGGGCCUGUUUGACUUUCACCUGUGGGGGAACUUCAGCACUUCCUAUAUCUUUCCUCUGUUCCUCACCUCAGGGAUGACUCUGGAUACCCCUGACCAGCUCGGGUGGGAAAAUGACCACUAUUUCUUGAGGAAGAGUGGACUGUCCUCUGGUCUGGUGACAGCCGCUCUCUAUGGGCGGUUGUAUGAGAGGGACUAGAAAAAGUGUGUGGUCAGUGGAGUGGGCUGUGCCAGCCUGCCUUUCUACAGGACCGUCUCUACCCAGAGGGUGGAAAGCCACCUCCGUGGCACUGGGUUCCACCCUCGGUCCCACUCUGGGAAUUGUAAGAAGAUGGGAGAGGCAGUUCCUUCUUCCUUUCUACAUAAUGACAGACAUUUUGUGGUAUUUUCUAUUCACACUCUUUUUCAAACCACACCUUCUUCCUACUACGCAAUUAGUUUUAAAUGCUAAAAUAACAAAUAGACAUAAGUUGCUACUUUACAAUCCCACAGAGCCCUGGUUGUUUUUUUUUUUUCUUUCUGUUUUGUUCUUUCAUUGUUGAUCUAGUGACACAGUGUCCACAUUCUCCAAGCCUCAAACACUUUCUGUGGUAAAAAACAGACUCUCGAAGCAAAAGCUGUGAAAAGGGCUGCCAUGGUGAACCAUCCUGUUCUGGUCAACAGGGACUCUGUUCGGAUGCGGUGGCAAAGUCAGAGCUACCAGCAGUGGCAGAAAUGUAGCCCUAGAAACAGCAGGGAGGCGAGGCUUUCUUGCAGGCGCCUUGCUGUCCUGGAUGGCUGUGUAGGCAGGCUUGGAAUCUCUGCAGGAAUGCGGUGCUGUGGAAGUGGGGAGGGGGGCUGGAAAAUGUUGAGCAAGGCCAGGCUAGGAAAGCAUGAGUAAUAGAAUUAUUCCUCCAAAGCGUCUCAUCCAGGGAUUCCAGAGGCCUUAGCCAAUCGAUUUAGCUGUGCUCAACUGAAUUUGCACCCAAUAGGUCUCCCUCGUGCAGAGAGGCGGGGAGCUGCCUCCAGCCUGCUGCAGUCACAAACUUUUGCUCAGCUCGGCACAGCAGGUGUUUCUCAGGGCCCACGUAAGCACAGAGCCAGGACUGUGCACAGUAACAGCUGCGCACCAGAAGCUGAGAAGCUAUGGGUAGCACGGCGACAACAUUUAUAGGCCACUGAUACUUUCUUUGCAACCAAUGUUUGAAAGCCAUUUAAAAAGUAUUUUACUUCUAUACAGAGCAAUUGUUUCUUUUAUUUUUGUUUAUUAUUUUAUUAUUUUUUGAGUACAGAAUGGAUAGUCUUCUGAAAUUUGCCUCUUUUUUUCCCCAACAGUAGAAAAUAUUUAAUAUACCACCUGAUAAAUAACAAAACACUUGGGAUUAAUUUUCCCUUUUGUCCAUAUAUUCAAAGAAUUGUAAAACCAUUCAAGAAACAAGAGAUGUAGAGGUGUUUCAGAUACACUGAAGGGAAAUGCUUAAAGGCAAAAUUCCUUAAACAUAUGCCACUUGUGGGAGCCCAGAACCAUUCCCUGCUAAUCCUGUUAAAAUCCAUUGUGCAGGAAGGCUGUGAGAAAGAUCACAUCUGUGUACAAACCAAACAUACUAUUUUUUUUACCACUAGUCAGAAUACUCAUUCUUUCCUACAAUAACAGAUUUGAAAAACAAACACAUUUCUUGAAAGCAAAUCCUUCUUUGAAGUACAAUUAAGGACUGAGUCUGACAAUAACCAUUAAACAGGUAAAGCCCUGUUUAUUCCAGGUAAGACUAUCUUAGUUUUGGAGUGGGCAGCGACCAUCAUCCUGAUAGGACUGGCUUUGACUUUAGAAUCUUUCUGAGUGAGCUGCUGCUUCGUGUAUAAUGGGGGCUAGUCAUGCUUCCAUUUAGUACCGGUAAUUCAUCUCAGCCUUAGGUGAAGACAUGGAAGAGGUUGUGUUCUGUGUGACGCAGGUCUGACCCUGUCCUUGUUCACACCUCCAAUAUUCCAGCUACAGUUAGGACAGACCAGAACCAAUUCCAGUCCCAAGCUGUAAAAAUUCCCAGGGCAUUUACACAUUCUUGUUGGAUGUGUACCCUGCUCUCAAGAAAGACAAGAAACCUAAGUUGUCAACCCGGAAGUUUCAUCUGAUCAUCCCAGCCUCAAAGGACCCGAAACCGCUUGCUGUUGUUCCUUUCCUUUCCUGCCUAGCUUUUUAUCUUGAGGGAUGAAAUUCGCUUCUUUAAUGUUGCUAUUUAACUCCUUGAAAACCAUGAGUGUUAUACAGAGGAAACCCUGUCUUGAAAGACCAAAAGAAAGAAAAAAGAAAAAGAAAAAAAACCAAAACCAUGAGGGUGAGUGUGUGUGUGUGUGUACAUGCGAGUGUGCCUGUGUAUGUGGGCACAUGUGCCAUGGAGUCACUUGAGACAGAUUUCUGUGAGUUCUAGGCCAACUUAGUCUACAUAGGAAGUUCCAGGACAGUCAGGAAUACUUAGCACAACCCUAUCCCAAAAAACAACAAAAUUAUAAAACUAUGAAAUGAAAACUGCACUCUUCCCAUGCUCUGGCAGGGAAGUCCCUCUCUGGUCUUGGCA